AUGACCUACCUCCUGUUUCAACUCCCUCUACAAUCCAAUCACCAACUCCAACUCCAACUCCAAUCUAUCCUCCGACUUGUCUCACCUUUUCUACCUUCUCCAAUUAAUUCACCUUCUCUGACUCCUUCUCCAUCUCCAACUUGUCAUGCAAUAGAAGAUCCAAUUGAAGAGUUCUUUGCAAAUUUAUUUGAAGAUUCAAUUUGUGGCUCAUCUCAAGAAUCAAAUCUAGGUUUAUCUGAAGACUCAAUCACCAUCACACAGUCAACAAAGAAUGCUAGAGGGAAGGCUAGAGGGAAUUCUAGAGGGAAGGCAAAGGGGAAGGCUAAAGGGAAGGCUAAAGGGAAUCAGUUGCAAGGAAAAGAAGGUGAUAACAAGAAUUCUUCUAAAGACAAUAAGGAGAAUACUGUAGUCAUUUUUGCCUCAUAUGAAGUCUACUUGAGGCAGUCAAAGGAAGCAAAAGCUGCUACAAAGCAAAAGAAAAGAGAUCAAAUUCAAGCUUUGGUCAACAAUUACGAGUGGGUUCCUGCCCUAGGGCCACAAGGUAUUGAUUACAAACCAAAGAAGGGUCUCAGUGAAUAUGAUGUUGAUACUGAGAGCGUCUGGGAGGAGUUUGUUGAGGUGGCAUUAAACUUGAAAAGGGACCACUCAUUGGGUCUUAUGGUCCGGAUGGAGAAUCCAGAAUUGAUUGAGAAAGAUACCAAACAGUUUCAGAAUCAGAUUGACCACCUGAAAUCUUUAGCUGGCCAGCUAGAAGAUGACUCUUCUCAAAAAACUAUGAAGCAACUUCCUUCGCUUGAUGAUCCUAACCCCCACUCUGGCACAAUAGAAUGCUUGAUGGCGCAGUAUAGAAGUGGAAAAAAGGGGGGUCUGACCCAAUGA